GCGUAAGCGGCGAGUUGAAGUUGUUUUAGGCCUCCCAUAACCGGGAGAAGGCCGGUGCCCGUGCGUUCAUCACUGCAGAGGUUUCUUCCAUCCACAACGACAUGACCAAGCCCGGCAUCAAGAGGGUACGCGCCACCAAGCCAGGCAUCACAAGGGCAUGGCGGGCACCCACCAGGGCCAUACGACGGCAUGCAUGCCUCUGUCUGUCAGGCGGCGCCCGACGAGCCGCGCAAGUCCCAGUACCAGUUGCGCGGCGGCCGCGGGAGCGAUGAGGCGCUCCUGGCGGGCAUCGAGUCCGACCGUCGGCUGUCCAAGAAGCUCAAGCAGCGGCAGAUCGAGGAGCAGGCCCAGCAGCAGGUCCAGCAGGUGCUCAAGGAGUUGCAGCAGCCCAACGCCAAGGAUCGUGACCUGGCGCUGGGCCAUGGGGCAGCCCGGCUCAAGCUGCUGGCGCCCGACCUGAACCACCAGGAGAUGGAAGACGGCCACCUGAUGCCCCAGUACCCCUCCCUCAACCUCGCACACGGACAAGGCGUAAGUCAGCAAAGAGAAACAGAGAGAGGGCGGGGGAGGGAGAGAUGGGUGUGGUCAUGGUGUGUGGUGUCUGUCAAAACAACAGGAUCGGUAUGCCGUGUCCGGAGAGUUUCUGAGCAGCUGCGGCGACGCCUUCAAGGAGUUGCGCGGCUACACUGUGGAUCGCAUCUUCGACGCCUGCAGCCGCAUGCGGGUGUGCAAGGAGGCGCUGCCGCUCGCCGUGCGGCUCCUCGACUACUACACACACACACGUGAGUGGAGGGAGUGAGCCAUACCGACACCUGGCAGGCACCACACACAUCAUGCCGGCCUUGUGUAUGUGUGUGUGAUUCGUAUCAGUGUGGGCCAAGGGAGAGAGUUUGUUACAGAGGAAUGUGGUAGCGGUAAGUACGAACACUCACACACACACCGCACCCACACACCCAACACUGUGUGUGUGUGUGUGUGUGUGUGUGUCAUCCGUCCACUUACCUGGCAGGUGGGUUACACGUGUUUGCUGAUAGCGUCCAAGUACGAGGAGCGUGAGCCGGUGGUCAUCAACGACCUCAUCACACUCAUGAACGAGGUGCCCAUCGGCAAGAGGGACCGCGACUACACACGCAUCGACUUCCUCAGGAUCGAACAACACAUCCUCAUGUUAGUCAAGUGGGCCACACACACACGACUAAAGAGCCCCUUUCCCUCCCUCCCUCCCUCUGUCAUUCAACUCAACGUAUGUGUGUUGUGUUGUGUUGUGUGCAGGACGAUUGGAAUGGAGUUGCCGAGCCCAACGUACUGUGCGUUCAGCGACCGGUUCGCCAAGGCCGGCAGCAUCCCUCUGGACACUAAGGACCACGCAUUCGUGCAGUUCCUCCAGGUGCGUAUCCACCACUGCGGCGCACACACACAUGGGACGGACAAAGGGAUGGAUGGAUGGUGUGGUGUGUACGGCACAUCUCACCUGCCAUGGGGUCUCUCUCCUCUCUGUGCAUUGCAGGAGUUGGCGUUGACGGACUACACAUUUUCGCAGUACAAAUCCAACAUCAUCUCGGUGAGUGAGGCAGUCAGCCCACUUCACUUAAUUGAGCCACACACACGCCAUACCAUACACACAACACAAGGCGAUCCAUUUAUCCGUUUGUCCGUCAGGCUGCGGCGGUGUACAUGACUCGCAAGAUGUGGCUGCUCAUGCCGGGACAGCCCCGACACGGAGAGCCUAGCUGGGUCAGUCAGUGAGGGCAGUGAGUGGAGUGAGACGAUGGGCGGGAGGGAGGGGGGGGCACACCGACACACAGGACAUGUGUGUGUGUGGGCCUGGCUGCGUGCCUUCCUCUCCUCUCGUGUGUGCAGACGGAGACGUUGAAGCGUGUGACGGGCGUGCAGAAGUCUCAGAUGACCUCCUGCGCAUACGAGAUGGCCAGGCUCCUCCGAUCUCUGAACCGCCCGCACAUAGCCAUCGUACGCAACACCUUACACAGCACCUGCAAUGGCUGAAUGAGUGGAUGGAUGGAUGGAUGGCCCCACUGCCCCUCUGUGUGUCCUGUCCUGCCCUGCAGGGCAAGCAGGACGGCUGCAUUGCCAAGUGGUCGACGCCCGCCAACUACAACAUCGCCUCGGUCUUCUACGACUGACUGACUGACGCACCAACCACACCAACCACACCAAUUGCCCCACACCCUCGUAGAUAGAGAUUCCCACCCACCUUCGAUGGCUGACUCAGAG